GUGCGGCUACUCGUUCGCGAGUUCAAGUCGUUGAAGCGACGCGAAGCCGACGACCUGAUACGCAACCUCAAGAUGGUGGGUGACGACGUAACCAAAUGGACGUUUGAGCUGCAUACGUUUGACACGACGUGUCCUGGUGGCAAAAUGCUUAUGAAGGACUUGGGAAGACUCCAGAAACGUGGUUUGGAUCACAUCCUCAUGGAGGCGAACAUGACUGCGCACGGUGGGUCUUGGCCAACCGACCCACCCCUCUUGCGCGUCGUGAAGCCUCGGAUGAAGCUCUAUACCGGCCACGUGACAGCGGGCGGCUCGAUUUGCAGCGAAAUGCUGGUAAAUACUGGAGGUUCGAACGGUUGGAAUCCUCGGUUGUCGAUGGAAGCGAUCAUCGAGACAAUCAAGCUGAACAUGGUGGAUUGCGAAGUCGUCGAGAUCGAAACUCCGUACAAUGGCAGGCAGCGUGCGGGGCCGCUCCGAAUAGAUUUGAAGGGCGAGUAUUCGUACGACUGCAUGAAUGAAUACUCUGAAUUCGCUGCAAUGGCUGCUUUUGAUCGCGCAGUUGCGCACCAUCGUCGUCAUGGCUGGUAA